UCUCUGUUUCUCGCGACCUCCCCAAAUGAACCGAGCAAGGAGGAAGCUGGUGGCUUCAGUCUCCACCCUUUUAACAAGACGAUCAUAUUCUCCUUCUUCUUCUUCUACUUUCCGGUGCAAUCCACUCGCUAAUAAUUCACGAACUCACUUGAUCAGCAAAUCUCUGCAAUCUUCUUCUUCUUCAGCUAAUAAACCACCCCUGGGGCUCCGAUUUUCCGGGAGAGGUUUUUGCUCGGAGGGAUCCUGCGACGACAAGAGAAGCUCCUCCGUGUGCUGGAACUGUGGCUCCUCGUCGGAGAAAGCUGCGUUUUUGUUCUGUGAAUCGUGCCGCACCAUUCAACCCGUCCAUGAUUCCGUCGAUUACUUUCAAAUAUUUGGCUUGGAGAAGAAGUAUGAGUUAGAUGGUGGGAGCCUUGAAGGCAUUUACAAAGACUGGCAAAAGAAGCUUCAUCCUGAUUUAGUUCACAACAAAUCUCAGAAAGAAAGAGAUUUCGCAGCAGACCAGUCUGCAAAGGUGACUGAAGCUUACCGGACAUUAACCAAGCGACUCUCAAGAGCAAUGUAUAUCAUGAAGCUGAAUGGUAAAAAUGUCAAUGAAGAAGAAACAAUAACAGAUCCAACCUUGUUAAUGGAGAUUAUGGAACUCAGAGAGGCCAUUGCAGAAGCAAAUAAUUCAAAAGAGUUAGACCAGAUCCGAUCCCAGGUACCUUGA